AUGACUAUGGUCAUUGACAACCAAGGUCGUCAGUACGGCGGCAUCUCCUUUGAUCCGAUGUAUCCCAACACCAUGCACGCCCCACCCCAGUUCAGCGACCCAUGGUCGCAUCAAACUGGCAACACCAACCAGACAUACUCUGCAAUGUCCAAGCCAGAUACGCAACGACCAGCGCUGUCGAUGCCUUACUCGCACAUGCCGCCUGUGUCUGCGCCGUUAGCUUCAGGUAGCCAGUUCUCCAAUCUCGGGUACAGUGCAGAUGGACUAAGUGUUGGACAAGACAUUCCCAGAUCAACAUAUUCGGAGCAACCCACCUACACCGCAACGUCGGCGCCGCAAUACUCGGCUGCAUACCCGCCAAUGAACUAUGCCCAGUCGCUGGUGCAACAGCAACAGCAGCAGCAACAUGAUCAACAGCAUCGCAAAAUGUCACAACCUGAUACCGCCCGCGCUGCGCAAGCUAGCUUUGGUGAGCUUGAUGCGUCCAGAGGCAUGCUCGCCUUGAGCCAUCAGAACCUCCAAGACCUUACUCCCCGCAACAUAUACGAAGCGCGUGCUCGUGGCUCAACCGACUCUUAUGGCUUCCCAGCUCAAUCUUCUCACUCUUCAAUUUCGAACGAAUCUGGCCGUGGUUAUCCUUACUACGCGUCAAGCGUUGGUUCAGCGACCGACUCAGCAACCGACUAUAGCUCAGCUGCCAGCGAUGCCGGCUACGACUCGAUGGCUUCGCGAACACUACCCCGACCAUCUCAACUGCUCGGCGCUCCAUUGGGUCCCCCCGCUCCUCAGUCUAUGAUGGGACAAUUCUCAUCCAAACUCUCAGCCAACACUCAGAAGAAGCACAAGUGCAAAGUAUGCGACAAGAGAUUUACGCGACCAAGUUCGCUGCAGACGCACAUGUAUAGCCACACUGGUGAAAAGCCUUUCGCGUGCGAGGUGGAAGGCUGUGGCCGUCACUUCUCGGUUGUGUCCAACCUGCGACGACACAAGAAGGUACACAAGGGCGAAAAUUCUUCGACUACAUCCGACGACCAUGACGACUAA